AUAUAUUCUCUUAUACAAAUUGACAAGAUAGUUCAAUCCCCCGGAACCACAAGGGGGCAUGGCUUCAAAUAGUUCCGGUGCUGGUGAUUUAUAUCCUCCCAAAGUGACUUAUGGGAGGAGGACUACAUCUGGAAGAUAUGUCAACUAUUCGGGAGAUGAUACGGAUAGUACUACCAGCGGUUUCCACAAUUACACGGUGCAAAUCCCGCUUACACCCGAUAAUCAACCUAUGGAUCAACCUAUGGAUCGAUCCAUUUCCCAGAGGGUUGAGGAGCAGUAUGUGUCGAGUUCUCUAUUUACUGGUGGGUUUAAUAACCUUACUCGUGCCCAUUUGAUGGAUAAGGUGAUUGAGUCCGGAACUAGCCAUCCCCAGAUGGCAGGUGCAAAAGGGUCUUUGUGUGCUAUACAGGGUUGUGAUGGGAAGGUGAUGAGUGAUGAGCGCGGUGGAGAUAUACUCCCGUGUGAAUGUGAUUUCAAGAUAUGCAGGGAUUGUUAUGUUGAUGCUGUGAAAACUGGUGAUGCGAUUUGUCAGGGAUGUAAAGAGCCUUACAAGGCCACAGAUUUGGAUGAGAAUGCUGUAGAUAAUAGAGGGCCUCUACCUCUGCCAUCCAAUGUGGGGACGUCGAAGAUGGAGAGGAGGUUGUCAUUAAUGAAGUCGACAUCAAAGUCGACAUUCAAGAGAAGCCAGGCGGGAGAUUUUGAUCAUAACCGAUGGUUGUUUGAGACAAAGGGGACUUAUGGUUAUGGAAAUGCCAUAUGGCCGAAGAAUGACGGAAUUGAGAACGGAAAAGAUGAUGGGGUUGGUGAGCCUUCAGAACUUCUCAGCAAGCCAUGGAGGCCCCUCACUCGCAAGCUGAAGAUAUCUGCUGCUGUUAUUAGCCCAUAUCGGCUCCUAAUCUUAGUUCGGGUAGCUGUUCUUGGAUUAUUUCUUGCAUGGAGAAUCAGCCACCCCAAUGAUGACGCAAUAUGGCUAUGGUUUAUGUCAAUUGUGUGUGAGAUUUGGUUUGCCUUCUCUUGGCUGCUUGACCAGCUUCCCAAGUUAUGCCCUGUUAACCGAGCUACUGACCUAAAUAUUUUGAAAGAGAAGUUUGAAACACCGAGGCCAAACAACCCUACUGGGAAAUCCGAUCUUCCAGGUGUAGACAUAUUUGUUUCUACUGCAGAUCCAGAGAAAGAGCCACCUCUUGUCACAGCAAACACCAUUCUUUCUAUUCUAGCGGCUGAUUACCCUGUUGAAAAGCUUUCUUGUUAUGUUUCUGAUGAUGGAGGUGCCCUUCUAACCUUUGAAGCCAUGGCGGAAGCUGCAAGUUUUGCCAACAUGUGGGUUCCAUUUUGCAGAAAGCAUGAUAUUGAGUUGAGGAACCCAGAAUCUUAUUUCAAUUUGAAGAGAGAUCCUUAUAAAAACAGGGUGCGUCCAGAUUUUGUCAAGGAUCGUAGACGGGUAAAGCGUGAGUAUGAUGAGUUCAAGGUUCGGACCAAUGCCCUUCCUGAUUCAAUCCGGCGCCGUUCUGAUGCCUACAAUGCUCGAGAGGAAAUCAAGGCUAUGAAGCUGCAGAGAGAGAAUGACAAUGAUGAACCAUUGGAAAAUUUGAAGCUCCCUAAAGCUACAUGGAUGGCAGAUGGAACUCAUUGGCCUGGCACUUGGGUUGUUUCUGCUCCCGAGCACUCUAGGGGUGAUCAUGCAGGAAUCAUACAGGUGAUGUUGAAACCACCUAGUGAUGAACCACUUUGUGGCACAGCAGGGGAAACCAAUCCUAUUGAUCUGACAGAAGUUGACAUUCGUCUUCCUUUGCUGGUUUAUGUAUCUCGUGAAAAACGCCCUGGCUAUGAUCACAACAAGAAGGCUGGGGCUAUGAAUGCCUUGGUUCGAGCCUCAGCAAUCAUGUCCAAUGGUCCCUUUAUUCUUAACCUUGACUGUGACCAUUACAUUUACAAUUCCCGGGCAAUAAGAGAAGGCAUGUGUUUUAUGAUGGACCGCGGUGGUGACCGAAUUUGUUAUGUCCAGUUUCCUCAGAGAUUCGAAGGAAUUGAUCCAUCUGAUCGUUAUGCCAAUCACAACACAGUUUUCUUUGAUGUGAACAUGCGUGCCCUUGAUGGGCUGCAGGGUCCGGUUUAUGUCGGUACUGGAUGCCUCUUCCGCAGGACUGCCAUUUAUGGUUUUGAUCCGCCCCGGUCAAAAGAAUACCAUUCUAGUUGCUGCAGUUGUUGCUUUUCUCGUCCCAGAAAGUCCGCAGCGGUCACUUCUGCUCCUGAAGAUAACAGAUCACUUAGAAUGGGAGAUUCUGAUGAUGAGGAAAUGACCCUCUCUCUCAUUCCUAAAAAGUUUGGGAACUCAACUUUUCUUCUUGAUUCAAUCCCCGUGGCCGAAUUCCAAGGCCGACCACUUGCUGAUCACCCUGCAGUGAAGAAUGGACGCCCUCCUGGUGCUCUUACCAUUCCUCGGGAGCUUCUUGAUGCGUCGACAGUUGCUGAAGCAAUUGGUGUUAUCUCAUGCUGGUAUGAAGACAAAACCGAAUGGGGCAGUCGCGUUGGAUGGAUUUAUGGAUCCGUAACUGAAGAUGUGGUGACAGGGUAUAGAAUGCACAAUCGAGGAUGGAGAUCUAUCUAUUGUGUGACCAAAAGGGAUGCCUUUCGUGGGACUGCUCCAAUUAACAUGACCGAUAGGCUCCAUCAGGUCCUCCGGUGGGCCACCGGUUCUGUUGAGAUAUUCUUCUCUCGCAAUAAUGCUCUUUUAGCUAGUCCUAAGAUGAAGUUUUUACAGAGGAUUGCUUACCUCAAUGUUGGUAUUUAUCCAUUCACAUCCAUUUUUCUCAUUGUUUACUGCUUCCUUCCAGCACUUUCCCUAUUCUCCGGACAGUUCAUCGUCCAGACUCUGAACGUAACCUUCCUUUCCUACCUCCUAGUCCUCACCUUGUCUCUUUGCAUGCUAGCCGUGCUCGAGAUCAAGUGGUCCGGCAUUGCACUUGAAGAGUGGUGGCGAAAUGAGCAAUUCUGGUUAAUUGGAGGCACGAGUGCCCAUCUUGCUGCCGUGCUCCAGGGUCUACUGAAGGUGAUUGCCGGGAUUGAAAUCUCGUUUACCCUGACAUCAAAGUCAGCUGGUGAAGAUGUUGAUGAUGAAUUCGUGGAUCUGUAUAUCAUCAAAUGGUCGUCCCUGAUGAUACCGCCAAUUGUAAUCAUUAUGACAAACUUGAUUGGAAUCGCGGUUGGUUUUAGCAGAACCAUAUACAGCACUAUACCACAAUGGAGUCGCUUGUUGGGCGGAGUGUUCUUCAGCUUCUGGGUUCUGGCUCAUCUUUACCCUUUCGCGAAAGGGCUUAUGGGAAGGCGAGGGAGGACCCCCACAAUUGUGUACGUCUGGUCCGGCCUUAUCGCUAUCACUAUAUCCCUACUUUGGGUUGCUAUCAACCCUCCAUCAGGUAAUUCUCAAAUUGGAGGGUCAUUUCAGUUCCCUUGAUGUUUGUCGAAUGUUGCCGCAAUCUCAUACCUUAUACUUGCACAGAUUAAGCCCUGUUUAGUUUCUAGUUUAAGUUGUGUUUUUCUCCAGCAACUUGUUAGAAAAGAUGGAUCAGGGCCUUGAGUUCGAUAUGAAUUCAUUCAUUGUUUAUCCUCUUUCUUUCUGAAUUUGGAUGUUUAUAAUAGAAGGAAUCCACAUACAUUCUUUGUAAUUUUUAGGGACAUGGCAUCAGAUCAAAGAUGAUUACUUCAACAUAUGUCCUUUCUGAGUGUUUUUUUUUUUUUUUUUUUUUUUUUUUUUUUUUUUUUUUUUUUUGUUUCAGCUGUUGUUUUCUGUCCUUGCUUGAAAUUGUUAUCGCAAUAAGUGUAAAACCUAAGUCAUACAAUUCUUCUCAAUGAGUGUCGCUCUCACGCUCCGAGUGUACUCUAGUUUUGACACUCUGCACAUACUCUUGCUCCCAUCCUCACAACUCAAUACUCGAGAAUUGAGUUCUCAUAUUGAAAUACAGAAUUCGAAUGGAUGGAGAGGGGGAGAGAGGGAUAACCCUUUCUUAGGAAAGAGAAUGUGUUUUUCUCAUUUUUUGUUUGGUUGAAUGAAAUGGAUAAUAGAAAGGAUGAAUGAGUUGAUGCUUUUUAAAUUUUUUUCCUCUCAAUUAGAA